UCCAGACACUAGAGCGGUCGCCCCCGGCCGCGCCCCACCUGGGCUGCAAGCGCGCACAGUUCUUGGUUCUAGGAAGACGACGCUUCCAGGAAGGGCUGGGACACAGAGGACAAAAGAUUAGGCGGCUUGCCCCGCCCCUCCCUCCCGUCCCGCCCCCUGUGCCCUCCUCACCCGCCUGCGCCGCGGCUCUCAGUCUCUGCCCGCAACGAGGGCGCCGCCGGGGUAUCCCGAUCCACGAACACGGGCUCCCCCAACUGCCUCCGUCCCGCCGAGCCCUAGCCCCAGAGCUGCUGCCGCCGCUGCCGGGACAUGGUCCUCUGCGUUCAGGGACCUUGUCCUUUGCUGGCUGUGGAGCGGAUUGGGCAGCUGCCCCAGUGGGCCCAGUCCCUAGAGCUGCCUGAGCCAGCAAUGCAACCUUUACCUGCUGGGACCUUGUUGGAAGAGGUGGCAGAGGAGACUCCAGCCCAGCCAGAGAGCGAGGCCAAAGAGCUAGACCCCGAGGAGGAUCUGCUGUGCAUAGCUAAGACCUUCUCCUACCUUCGAGAAUCUGGCUGGUAUUGGGGCUCUAUUACAGCCAGUGAGGCCCGACAACACCUGCAGAAGAUGCCAGAGGGCACAUUCUUGGUCCGCGACAGCACUCACCCCAGCUACCUGUUCACACUGUCAGUCAAAACCACCCGCGGCCCCACCAACGUCCGCAUCGAGUACGCCGACUCCAGCUUCCGCCUGGAUUCCAACUGCCUGUCCAGGCCACGCAUCCUGGCCUUCCCAGAUGUGGUCAGUCUUGUGCAGCAUUAUGUGGCCUCCUGUGCUGCGGACACCCGAAGUGACAGCCCUGACCCUGCACCCACCCCCGCCCUGCCUGCCCCUAAAGAAGAUGUUCCUGGUGACCCAGCACUGCCUGCACCAGGUGCCACUGCUGUGCAUCUCAAACUGGUGCAGCCUUUUGUGCGCAGAAGUAGCGCCCGAAGCCUGCAGCACCUAUGCCGCCUGGUCAUUAACCGUCUGGCAGCCGACGUAGACUGCCUGCCCCUGCCCCGGCGCAUGGCCGACUACCUCCGACAGUAUCCUUUCCAGCUCUGACCCCACCCAACAUCCCGGGAGCCUCACCCAGACAGACCCUGCAGGCAGCACGGGCCCCAGCUGGACUUACACUCAGCCGUUCCUCCUGCAGCCAUCCUGAUAUCCGGCAGCUGCGCCAGGGAGAAAGAGCAAGGCUGGGAUGGGGAAAAAGCAGGAGAAGAAAGUGUCAAAACUUAGAAUCUGCACCCCCCAGCUCCCACGUGGCUCCAUUCAUGUGAGCGGUGUCAGAGGAGAGGGGGUCAGGCAGGCCCUGGUCUCAUCUGUGAGCUGUGUUCACCCAUGCUCCUAAGCUGAAGACUUCGCCAGCCCGUGUUUCUCAGUCACUGGGGUGGGGCAGGCCCCCUCCUGCCACCAGACUGUCUCCGGGAGAAUAAUGGCCAGAGACUUGAAGCUGACAGUGGCAGACCCCCAAGGUGGGAGCAGGCCAGAUGGGGAUCGCACAGUUCUAUGGUAUUUAUUUAUUUAUUCUCCUUGUGGCUGGUCUCAGGAUGAGCCAGUCCCACCUCUGCUUGGAGCGCUGUGUGCUCUAGAACCCCCAGUUUCUCUGGUUCCUCCCCUCAGAGAGCCCUGUCCUGAGAUGUAUGGGUAGACCGAGAUGGUCCUGGGUGCCCUGGCACUGACCCACUCACCUGUGAAUAGGUCCACUAUCUUCUGUUUGCAGUCCUGGCUUUGGGGUGGGGGGUGGCCUAAUGAACAAGAAACUUGAGUCCAAGCAUUGGCCCCACAGAGCCUGCUGCUCCCCAGCUGUAGGACAGACUUCUUUCUGCACACAGCUGGCCCUGGCCCUACGGGCGCUCCUGUAUAUGUCAAGAAAAAGGGGUGCUAAUUCCAGGAUUGUCACUAGUGCUUCUGGGUUACCUUAAUGCCCAAGAAGAUGCCUACACAUGAGAAAAUAAAAUACAGAUCAGACAAGAUUUUAUAAAAUUAUUAGAAUUUCCAAACAGUUUGGUUGUUCUUUUUCUUCCACUGGUCUUUACUGUCAUGACAAUAAAGUUGUACCUUUUGUUU